UCUUCUCUUCUCAUCUCUUCAUUUCAAUAAAAACCAAAACUACUACUUGUCUCUUUGCCUCACUGCCAAAACCACCACUACCUUAAGCUUAAUGUGAAACCAAAUCACUUUCAUUCAUUCAAGAGAGAGAAGAAUACUAUAUAUUCAUCAAACUUUUCCCUUUCCUUUUUCCCUUUCUUUUCACCGGGAUUUUAGAUACCAUUUUCCUCACUAUCAACUAUCAAGUAUCAACUCUAUUACUGCACUUCACUUCUUUUUUCUACUUUUUCUGUUUUCGGCAACCUUUCUUCUCUAGAUCCCAGAAACCAAAAACAAAAAGAUCUAUGGCUCAUACGUAGACAUAUAUAUAUACAUAGCUACCAUUCUUAGAGGCUUAUUUGAAAUCAAGUAAUUAAUCAUAUGAGCAUGAUGAAGAGUUUGAUGUUCCAACAACAACAAAAUCAGCAGCAGCAACAAGUGGUGGUAGUGGAAGAAAACAUGUCUAAUUUGACUUCAGCUUCAAACGAAGGUAAUAACAGUGUUUCCUCAGGUACAAGAACUGAAAUUGGAACCUUCAUGACUCCACCACCAACAUCAUCUGACACUUCUACACAACCACCAUCAAAGAAAAAGAGAAAUCUUCCCGGCAACCCAGACCCAGAUGCUGAGAUAAUAGCUUUAUCUCCCAAAUCUCUCUUAGCAACAAACAGAUUCAUGUGUGAGAUCUGCAACAAAGGAUUUCAGAGAGACCAGAACCUACAACUCCACAGAAGAGGCCACAACCUACCAUGGAAGCUGAAGCAGAGAACAAGCAAAGAGAUAAGGAAGAAAGUGUACGUGUGUCCUGAACCCAGUUGCGUCCACCACGACCCGUCACGGGCUCUGGGGGACUUGACUGGGAUCAAGAAACACUUCUGUAGGAAGCAUGGUGAGAAGAAGUGGAAGUGUGAGAAGUGUUCAAAGAAGUAUGCAGUUCAAUCUGAUUGGAAAGCGCAUUCCAAGACCUGUGGCACUAGAGAGUACAGAUGUGACUGUGGAACUCUCUUCUCAAGGAGGGACAGUUUCAUAACCCACAGAGCCUUCUGUGAUGCACUUGCACAAGAGACAGCAAGAACCACCACCACCACUUCAACAACAACAAUACCCCAACUUCAUCAUCAAUUCAAUAAUCCCCAAAUUUUCCCAUUGAAGAAAGAGCCAUUACAGUUACACCACCAAAGUUUCAACCUUGUUAGGACAGAACUACCCCCAUGGCUUGGAAGUAGCAGUAGUAGUAGUAAUACUCCAACCCCAUCACAAAAUAAUCAUCAAGGUCAAGACUUUUUGAAUCUCCAUGAAAAUAAUGAGAACCCAAAUCCAAAUCCAAACCCUAACCCUAGGCUUGUAGGUGUUGGUGGUCCCACAAUUGAAGGGUACCCUUCAGCUCACAUGUCAGCAACAGCUUUGCUGCAAAAAGCAGCUCAGAUGGGUGCAACCAUGAGCAGCAGCAUUGGGCCCCACCAUCAAAGUCACGUGUCUGUUAAUCCUUCUGCCACUCUUAAUCACUUUCCUUUGAAUUUGUCCUCACGUGAUCACCACCACCAUAACCAUAACCAUAUCACCACAACCACCACCACUACCACUACCACCACAACUGCUGCUCCUUCUUCUUCUUCUUCGCUUCUUCAUGAUGUCAUGAUGAUGAACUCUUUCUCUUCUGGAUUUGAAGCGGCACAGUUUGAUGAUCCCUUUGGUGGAAUUCUUGUUAGUAACAAUAAUAUCACAAAGAAAGAUGGUGAUGAUAAUGGUAAUGGUAAUGAUGGCAAUAAUAAUAAUAACUUCUUGUUGCAUGAUACUCUUCCAAAGGCAACAACCACCACCGCCAAUGACCGUGGUGGCCGUGGCGGCGGUGCAAAAGAAGAGCUGACGAGGGAUUUCUUGGGUCUAAGGCCACUUUCCCAUAGUGACAUUCUCAGCAUUGCUGCUAUGGGAAACUGUAUGAAUGAUCACCAAAACCAACCUCAAAAGCAUUGGUAAUUAAUUAAUUAAGGUUAAUUAUUAGCUCAAUCUUAAUGUGUAUAUGGAUUUUCUUUUCUUUUUUCUUAAUCAUUAAUAUAUAAUUUUGUU